CUCUAACAUUAAAUGGCUAACAUGGAAAAAAGUUGGAAAAUCUCAGUUAAUUAUUAGCAAAUCAUAUUGUAUCCCUGUAAUCAUGGAAAAAAUGAAAGAUCCCAAUAGAUUUUCAGCAAAUCAAAUACUCCAGUAGAAUAUUCCUUCAGUCUAUUUUUCCGUCCACAUUCAUUGUUUCAAGAAUUAUAUAAAGCCAUCCACAUCUCAAAACUGUCUUAAUUAAUCACAUAACUCAGUUCCCAUUAUAAUUGUGUCGGAGUUAACAAGAACAUAGUUUUGUGUCAAUGGCAGUGACCAAAGUUGAGAAAUCAGAGGAGGAAUGGCGAGCCAUUCUAUCUCCUGAGCAGUUUCGUAUCCUCCGUGAGAAAGGAACUGAGUUGAAAGGCACUGGAGAAUAUAACAAGUUUUUUGGAGAAGGUAUCUACAAUUGUGCUGGUUGUGAUACACCACUCUAUAAAUCCACAACCAAAUUUGACUCUGGCUGUGGCUGGCCUGCUUUCUUUGAGGGUCUCCCGGGCACAAUAAAUCGCUCCCCGGAUCCAGAUGGGAGGAGGACUGAGAUCACUUGUGCAGCAUGUGGUGGACACCUUGGUCAUGUUUUCAAAGGUGAAGGUUUCAAGACACCGACAGAUGAACGCCACUGUGUCAAUAGUGUUUCUGUCAAGUUUAAUACCUCUGCUUCACUCUGAAACUCUAUAUUUUGUAAUGGGUGAAACGCGUUCUGCUUUGCUAGACCUUAAGCACCAUUGCUUAUAAUAAUAAUAACUUUUGAUUAUUUGGCUUUUAA